GUCUCUCCGGUUCUUUUGAGGGUCUGUUGAUUAUGUUGGCAAUUACACGUGCUGACAUUUUUCUUUAUUUUGAGUAAUAGCCAAAGUUGAUUUUACCUCAAAAAGGGAUUAUUUGGAAGUCCUGUGUGAUUCAGUUGCUACUUGAUCUUCGAUGCGUUCGUUAUUGCUAAUCUUGAAUCCACUGUUUGCAAGAAACUCAAGACUACCUCCACUUGUGUUAGAUAGCUAGCUAGCUAGCGAGCUAGCAAUUACACCGGCUAGCUUCAUAGCUUGUUCAACGGGGCACUCUUCAUUGAAAUGAUUGAAAGUGUUCUUCAACAGGACUAGCUACCUGGCUCACUCUUUCAACCACCUUUAUCAUACAAAAGAGUUCCACGUCUCUUUUGCUUUAACUGAUUCAGAUUACCAUAUUGCUACCCACACAGUUAUAAAGUUACUGUUUCAUCAUGGGGGCUUACUUGUCGCAGCCUAAUACUGUUAAAACAAGUGCCAAUGGAGGAAACGACAGCAUGAGCUACGGAUUUUCAGCCAUGCAAGGAUGGCGCAUUUCUAUGGAGGAUGCCCACAAUUGCAUUCCAGAACUGGAUGAAGAAACCGCAAUGUUUGCGGUCUAUGAUGGACAUGGAGGUGAGGAAGUUGCCUUGUAUUGUUCCAAGUACUUACCAGACAUAAUUAAGGAACAAAAGACAUACAAAGAUGGCAAACUGCAAAAGGCUUUAGAGGAGGCCUAUUUAGCCAUAGAUGGGAGGAUCACAACAGAGGAAGUGAUCAAGGAACUCGUUCAGAUCGCCGGCCGUCCACAGGAAGAAGCAGCCAAUGAAAAGGUGGCAGAUGAGGAUGAUGUGGACAAAGAAGAGGCAGCUCUCCUCCAUGAGGAGGCCACCAUGACCAUCGAGGAGCUGCUCAUCCGCUACGGCCAGGACCUCACCGCCGCCAAGCACGCCAAGAAGUUGGCCAGCGAAGCCGCCAAGGAGUCCGAUGGCACCGAGAAGGGCGUCAACGGGGAAGUGGAGAGCACAGCAGCCGGGGCGGACAGCAACGGGAAGGCCAAGGCAGCGCUCGCAACAGCGGGGGGGUCCAAAAUCCGAGCCUGCAGGAGAGCGGCAGCGGCCGCAGGGGACUCGGGGAGCUCGGGUUCUGGGUCCGGCUCUGGCUCUGGCUCUGGGUCCAGCUCCGGGUCCAGUGGGGAGAAGGCUGGCAAAGAGGAGGGAGGCGCGGGAUCAACAGGGGAUGCUGGUCCUUCCUGCUCUGCCUCGGCUGCUCUGCCACCGGGAAGUACCAAGUCCAAGUUCUUUGAGGACAGCGAGGAGUCAGAAGACGGUGAGGAGGAGGAGGAGGGCAGCGACGAAGAGGAUUGCAGUGAGGAAGAUGAAGGAGAAUACAGCAGUGAAAAUGAUGAAGAUGACGACACAGAGGAACUGGAAGAAGAAGAUUCUGAAGAUGAGGAUGAGGAGAUGUGCUUACCUGGCAUGGAUGGAAAAGAGGAGCCUGGUUCCGACAGUGGUACCACAGCAGUUGUUGCACUUAUCCGUGGGAAGCAGUUAAUUGUGGCCAAUGCAGGAGACUCCCGCUGCGUUGUGUCCGAGAAGGGGAAGGCCAUUGACAUGUCUUAUGACCACAAGCCAGAAGAUGAAGUGGAGCUGGCCAGAAUAAAGAAUGCUGGAGGCAAAGUGACCAUGGAUGGUCGGGUCAAUGGCGGACUCAACCUCUCCAGAGCCAUCGGCGAUCAUUUCUACAAGAGGAACAAGAAUCUUCCUCCUGAAGAGCAGAUGAUCUCAGCCCUGCCAGACGUGAAGGUUCUAACUCUCAACGAGGAGCAUGACUUCAUGGUGCUCGCAUGUGACGGAAUCUGGAAUGUCAUGAGCAGCCAGGAGGUGGUGGACUACAUCGGUGAGAGAAUGAAGCCUAAAGACGGCCAACAUCGGGCGCUGACGUCCAUUGUCGAAGAGCUUCUUGACCAUUGCCUGGCUCCAGACACAUCUGGCGAUGGCACCGGCUGCGACAACAUGACCUGUAUGAUCGUCACCUUUGUGCCCUACGCCGGGGGGAACCUGGCAGAAGCCACCAAGAAGAGAAAGCCGGAGGAGACGGAGGCAGACAAGAACGGCAAUGACAACAAGAAGUCCAAGACUGAAUGAAAGAAAUCUCCAAGAGACUGAAUGUCAGAACUCGAGGACAACCUGGGAUGAGAUGUCGUUUAAAACAAAAGACAGUGUCUGACGAGAAGGGAGGUCAUUUUAGUUAACCCCAGACUAAUAACAUUAAAGGUAAACCAGCCAAUUUUUUUUUCUUCUUUUUGUAAAUUUAUUUUAUUUUUUUGCUUAUAUGCCCUGUUUUUGACUUGUUCACAAAUAUAUUUGGAUACGCUAAGCAACCACCUAGCCAAGAUGUGACGAAAACAUGAUUCAAGUAGUUUGUCAAUCCUAGGAAUCUUAAAUGUACUCGUCCGGUAUCUUAUGUCCUUGUUUUAUGUAUAUAGGAUUUUUUCCAGUACCUGUCAUAUAAAGUUUAUUCGCCUUUUAUUGUGGAUCAAUGUGAGUUUUGGUGUCUAAUCACCAGUGUAUUAUGUUCAGAUGAGUUUUUUUAAAUAAUGUCACAAAUGAGAUUUUGUUGACUUGUUUUACCAAGUUGGAUCUUUUACUGCAGGUAUUUUGACUUCACCCCAUCCCCCUUUUUCCAUUAACAAAACAAAGGGAUUCCGGAGUUCCAUUAGUGAGGCGUUUUACCCCAACAUUCCUGUGCUUUUGGUUGUCGACCCAUGACCCUUGUCACCUGGGUUGUUCAAAUUUCAUUUUUGCGUUAUGCACUAAAUGUAACACACAGCACCCAGCAGUAGCUAUAAUUCAGACCGUAGAGGCAGAGUUGGUGAAAUACCCGUCAAAUCCAGGGACAUCAGCUGAUUCUGUUUAGGGGGUAAGGCCGCAAUGGUUAAAAAGAGAAAAAAAAGCCCAUCACAGGGAAAGCAGCUUUAGGCAUUGCUCCUGUUCAUCGUCUUCUCCUGUUCUCCCCACAUCCACAUUUCAGUAAGGUUUAUAUACAAGGUAUUUUGGAAUAUAUAUUUUGGUACUUUUUCAGCAUCGUUGUGAGUUGCAUAGGAGAAAAUAAAAACACCUGCUCAAACCGAGACCUUAUUGUUUUCCCUGAAUCAAUAAACCAAUGUUGACAAAA